AUGCCUGCAUACAACGGCGGGCUGCAGUCGCAGACGCGCGACUCGCUCGAGCUCGCCUCCCUCGCCUCCUCGAGCGUCAUGCACGACAAUUGCGGCAACGGCACCGCCGCCUCCGACUCAGAACUAUCCUCGCGACCUAGCAUCUCUUCUUCUCGACGCCUCUCCCUCGUCGAGGAGGAAGACCCCUUUGCCGACGACAACCCCGCCGCGCACAGCGCUGCUAGCACGCGCCUCGGCCGCUCCUACUCGGUCUCGUCCACCUUUGAUUUCGCCGGCAACCUCUUCCCGCUGUCGUCCACUGCCGGUGGCGCCAGCGGAUACGCGCCCAUCGGGGCGCCGACAUCGUCAGGGCGCCGCGGCGGACCCCUGGGCGGCGGCUCCCUUGAGAAGCACAAGACCCUCACGUACCUCAACGGGCUGUCGCUGAUUGUCGGGCUCAUCAUCGGAUCUGGCAUCUUCUCCUCGCCCAGCCAAGUCAGCUCGCGCGUGGGAUCCGCCGGCGCGGGACUCGUGGUGUGGGCGGUGGCCGGCGUGCUCGCCUGGACGGGCGGCGCCUCGUACGCGGAGCUCGGCGGCGCCAUCCCGCUCAACGGCGGCGCCCAGGUCUACCUGGCCAAGACGUUUGGCGAGCUGGCCGGCUUCCUGUUUACGUGGUCGGCGGUGCUGGUGCUGAAACCCGGCAGCGCCGCCAUCAUCGCCAUCAUCAUGGGCGAGUACCUGGUGCGCGCCGUGAUUGGCGCCGAGGCGGAGACGAUCAGUCCCUGGGUGAGCAAGGCGGUUGCGCUCGUGGGGAUCUUUUCGGUGACGCUGCUAAACUGCGUCUCGACGCGGAUUGGGACCAGGGUCAAUGAUUUGCUCAUGUUUCUCAAGUUUGUGGCGCUCAUCUUUAUUACCGUCACAGGCAUCGUCGUCGCGAUUACGGGGCACACGUUCACGGGCGAACCCACGCUCGAGUGGAAAAAGCACGACUGGUUCGAGGGCACCUCGACCGACAUGUCGGCGUGGGCGCUAGCCUUGUAUGCUGGCCUCUGGGCCUUUGACGGUUGGGACAACACCAACUACGUUGUUGGCGAAUUCCGCAAUCCCAGCCGCGACCUCCCGCGCGUCAUCCACACUGCCAUGCCGCUCGUCAUCCUCUGCUACAUCCUCGCCAACGUUGCUUAUUUCCUCGUCCUUCCCUUGUCCGCCAUUAACGGCUCCAACACCGUCGCCGUCCUCUUUGGUUCACGCGUCUUUGGCCCCGCUGGCGCCCUCGUCAUUGCCCUUAUUGUCAGCUUCAGCUGCUUUGGCGCGCUCAACUCGUCCACCUUUACCGCCGGCCGCCUCAUCUACGUCGCCGGCAAGGAGGGGUACAUCCCGACCGUCUUUGGCCGCAUCGGCUUCGGCGACCGCAUGCUCGAGGACUCGCUCUCCACCCAGCGCACCCGCUCUUGGCUUACAAAGAAGAUGCGCAGCUGCGUCGGCGACGAGGACACCGGCCUCUUCUACACCCCGGUUUACGCGCUGCUGCUCAACUGCGCCCUCACCGUCGUGUACUGCGUCGUCGGCGAGUUUUCGACGCUGGUGACGUUUUAUGGCGUUGCGGGGUACACGUUUUACUUUCUCACCGUGCUCGGAUUGAUUGUGCUGCGCGUGCGCGAGCCGCAGCUCGAACGGCCGUACAAGACGUGGAUUACGACGCCCAUCAUCUUUUGCUGCGUGAGCCUGUUUUUGCUUAGCCGCGCCGUGUUUGCCCAGCCGCUGCAGACGCUGAUAGUGGUGGGCUUUGUGGUGGCGGGCAUUCCCGUCUUCUUCCUGCGCGUGCGCGGGCGGGAGCGCAAAGGCAUGGGUGACCGAGAGAGAAAGUGGUGGCAGUUUUGGAAAUGA